AUGGCCAAAAUAGUUCUCAUCACUGGUGCCAACACGGGUAUCGGCUUCGAGACCGUCAAAGCCCUGGCUGCAUCCGAUCAAUCUUACACUAUCCUUCUUGGGGGUCGAUCCCUAGAAAAGGCCCAAGCAGCUGCCGCCACUGCUCAGAAGGACUUUUCCGACUCGAAAAGCGAGUUUGUCCCUAUUCAGGUAGACAUUGAGCACGAUGAUUCGAUUGGUCGAGCCUUCACCGAGGUGAAAUCCAAGUAUGGGAAGGUUGAUGUGCUUAUCAAUAACGCUGGGGCCCAAUUUGACCAACAAGUAGCAACAGGGCAGCUAGGAGCGCGUGAGAUGUGGAACCACACCUGGAACGUUAAUACGACCGGUACACAGAUUCUGACGUCGGAGUUUGCGCCUCUAUUGCUGGAAAGCGCUGACCCACGUCUACUCUUCAUCACUUCGGGUACAUCGACUCUAGCCGGCACUGAGAACCGGACUUUACCGGUGAAUCGAGUGGCGGCUAAGGGGUGGCCUAAGACAGGGUUUAGUGUACCGGCGUACCGCAGUGCUAAGACGGGGCUAAACAUGCUUAUGCGGGAGUGGUAUCGAUGGUUGAAAGAAGACGGGGUUAAGGUUUGGGGGAUCUCACCCGGUUUCUUGGCCACCGGAUUGGGUGGCAACCCCGAUGCCUCCCGGAAGAUGGGCGCGCUUGAUCCCUCCGUGGCGGGGCCGUUCAUUCGUAGCGUCAUCGAGGGCGAGCGGGAUGCUGAUGUGGGUCUUGUGAUCAACAGGGAUGGGGUUCAGCCCUGGUGA